AUUUUUUUAUUUAUUCCCAUUUAAUUCAAUUAAUUUUUAUAAUCUAAACAAUUUAAUACAUAUACAAAAAAAAAGAUGUCAACUUUAUCUGAUGUUGUUUUAAGAGAAGUCAAAGAAAUGAUGGCUAAAUAUGACACUGAUAAAAACAAUGAACUUUCAAGAGAAGAAGUCUUAGAUAGAUUCAGAAAAACUGGUGUCAAAAAUCCAGAACAAGCUGUUGACUCAAUGUUUAAUGCAUUAGAUACAAACAAGGAUGGUAAAAUUACUCUUGCCGAAGUUGAAGAGCAUAAACUUAAAGUUUACACCAAGAAAAGAGAUGAUUCAAUUCGUAAAGAUGUUGCUGCAAUCUUAAAACAAUAUGACGCCAAUGGUGACAAGCAAGUUACAUAUGAAGAAGUUGUUGAACAUUUUAGAAAGGCCAACUCACCUUACCCAGAAUUAAAUGCUAAAUUCCUUUUUGAAGAAAUUGAUACUAACAAUGAUAAAAAAAUUACUGUUAGUGAAAUCAAAGAAUAUUCAAAGAGAGUAUACAAUCUUAUGUUAGACCAAUAAAAAUCCCAAGUUGUCUUCAAUUUUUUUUUGUGAUUGUUACAAUAAAAAAAAUAAAUAAAAAUUAUAAAAAAAAAUUAACCUCCCAGAAGGAAAAACUCACAAAAUU